UCAUCUCCUUUGUGAGUUUUAUUUCUCGUUUUAUAUUGAUAAUGUGUAUAUUUCUGUGAUAGUAGAUAAUGUCAGUAUUGAGUUUGCUUCCAGAAGAUAAACGGAAAGAUCUAAGCGCCAGAAAGGAGUCAGUGGCGAGUGUGUACAGUAGCAACUCGCGGCUGAACCUGCUCAGCAAGCGCAAGCGCAUGGUGCCGGCGGGCGCAGCGGGCAUGGCGGGUGGCGUCACAGGCGACCGCUACGUGACGCAGCGCGUGCUCUCCGCCAAGACGCACCGCGUCAAGCAGCUGCAGAACCAACUGGCAGACGCACAUUAUCACCUACAGGAGCUCAGUAAUGAGAAUAGAGUUUUGAGAGCUAUGCAGAAAAAGCAAGAAAUAGCACUGCAAAGAUAUGAGAACUCUAACGCCGAGUUGCCUCAAGUGCUGAACUCGCACACGGAGGAGAUGCGCGUGCAGCAGACUCGCUACAAGCAGCUGCGCGCGCAGCACAAGGAGACCGUCGCACGGCUCAAGGAGCGUGAUGCCCAGUUGCAGCAGCUGCGUGAUGAGCACCAGCAUCUACUGGACCUCACUAAAGACAAGAACUUGUUGGAGCGCGAGAAGCUGCAGGCGCAAGUAAACGAGCUGUCUCUGAAGGUGCAGCAGCAAGGCGAGACCAUCAGCCUGCUGCAGCGGCGGCUGGCGCUUGAGGCCAAGAACUUCCGGCACCAGCUGCAGGCCGAGGUUAACAAGCAUAAGGACACGCGCCACGACCUGGACAUUGCCAUCAGCAACGCUGACAAGUUGUCCACCAUCAUUGAGAUGAAGGAGAAGAUGCUCAGUACAGCAGCAAGCCGCGGCGUGAAGUCUCCAGUGAAAAGCAGCUCCUCUAUGACUCUGACGCGCCCUCAGAGCAAGACCAGUAAGGUCGGCCAGGAAGUGAGCAUAUAUAGACCAAACGACGAACGCCAUAAUGUUGAUCAAAGUGCCCUUGGGAAACUGUGCGAAAAUUCACGAUCCGUUAGCAGCGCAUUAUCCCAUGAAGAUGAAACAAGUUCAUCGACUGAAUCGAGAACACGAUAUAUCCAAAGCCGUAGUAGUAAUUCCACUGGUCCCAAGUCAACACCAAACCCUACUAGAAAAAAUUCAAAAGGUUCCGACGACAUUAUUGAAAUUUCUAAGACCAUUCAAGAUGGAAUGGCCGACUUAGCUAUCUCUGACGAUGACACACUUAGAAAUUGCUCACCGGAAGAAAUGCAACAUAAAAUGGAGAUCCUUAAAGCGGAUCUCUUGAAAAAAAUCAAAAAUAAUGAGGACCCAAUAUCGAGAAGAAACAGCGCCUUGAGAAGGAAAUCCACCGAGGAAUCUAUUGAAGAACAAAUUGAAAUCGACGAAGAACGACCUAGAUCUAGAGGUCGGAGAAAUUCUAAUGUGUCAUUUUAUGAAAACGUUACGAUAGAAGAAUCUAAUACUAGCAUAGUGGUGCACGAUUUUGCAUCCGGAGACGCCAGCAAAAAGUCUAAACGCGAAACUAGUGGAAAGGAUAAAAAACCACUAGCCAAACCAAUAGAAACUUACUGCAAAGAUAUUAUGCAAGACUUGGAGAAAAGUAGCAAAGUCAUCGAUAGUCAUAUUAAACAAUUUAACAGUACAAAACUAGAGAGCGAUAAGUUGGUUGAACAGUUGUUUGCUGUUGACAAAAUAAACGAUUUGGUUAAUUCUGAUAGAGAUAUACCCGAAGAGACACUAUCUGAACUGAAUAAUAACUUUAAAUUACUAACAGACCAAGUUUUGUCAGAAGGUGCUCCAGUCGCCCGAAAACGAUCCUUGGGGGGUCGCAGAAACGCGCGAUUAGAAUCAAAAACCAAUCUACUUGGAGACUCUAAUAUGUCCAAUCAAGAACUAUUAGAUGACUUGCUAGGAAAGAAAUGACAAAUACUUCGUGCUUAAUGCAUGAUUUUAAUUAGUGAUUC